CAAACACAUACCGAUCCCACCUUGAACGUGUGACAAACAGUCACAAUGGGCAUGCCAUAUUCAAAACAAGUCCACGCGGCUUUCGACCAAGUCACGCCGCUCGUAGCCGCUGGAUUCGAAGUCCUCCGCACGACCAAAAACAUCGCAGUUUUUCUUGCCUUUCUCCAAGUCUUCAUAACCCUCAUAUUGACUCUUACACUAUUCGCGAUCCUCGCGGUGAUAUACUCUGUCAAUCCAGAUCUAGAAGAGGAACGGCGUGCGCUGGUCACGCCGUGUAUGCAGUGGAUAGCGAGCUGGGUAUUGGAGUAUGGAACUUUGACGGCAUGGAUUUUGAAGGUCGUUGUAGUUCUCGGUACUGCUGGGCUGGGGUUAUUUCUUUGGCAAGGGUCUACUACAGAGGUCAUUCCGGAGGUUGAAGGCGAGGAUGAUGCACCCGAGGAUAUUGAGUGAGGUCACGAUUUGGGCACUAUAUACUGUCUCAAUAGUUACCAUAACAAUUGAGGCUAAAGCUCAGUUAUAAUACAACCGUCUACAAGAUUACAAACUGCAUGUUACAACUACCUCAUCCCCAACACUCAAGCCCUGAGUUUCAAUGCCAUGGCUCGCACAUGUCACUGAUAGUAGUAACGAGCAACGAAAGGAAUGCAUUCAGAAC